AUGGGUGCCGGAAACACGCUGAUCAUCGCGGCCGUGGUGACGACGCGCCGGCUGCGCACCGUCACCAACUGCUUCGUCAUGUCGCUGGCCGUCGCUGACUGGCUCGUCGGCCUCUUCGUCAUGCCGCUCGCCGUCGCUUACCACGUCAUGGGCAAGUGGCACUUCGGCUGGCAGAUCUGCCAGGUGUGGAUCUCGCUGGACGUGCUGCUCUGCACGGCGUCCAUCCUGUCGCUGUGCGCCAUCAGCGUGGACCGCUACCUGGCCGUCACGCAGCCGCUCAACUACUCGCGGCGGCGCCGCUCCAAGAAGCUGGCGCUGCUCAUGAUCCUCGUCGUCUGGGUGCUGGCCGUCGCCAUCACGUGCCCGCCCAUCCUCGGCUGGUCAGUAUCGCAGCCUCCACCCGCUGCCCGCUGCUCGCGUCACUACGCCAAGACACCACUCCUGCCUGUGCGGAUCCAUCUUCAUAAGCAUAGCCCGAACGCAGCCACGCCCAGAGGCUCGCCGUGGGCGUACGCACUGAGGCGCGGCGAGGCGGGAGGGGGCGGACCGGUAAACAUCCGAUGGCGGGCUCCUCACAACUCCGGUAAACAGCCCGCUCACCGCUGA